AAUGAGAAUCAGUUCUGUAUCAGGCAGAAUCAAGAAGAUUGCCGAUUAAUUUGCUCUCUGGAGUGACCUAAGCGAAGAUGUUCUCCAGGUUGCUUCUUCUUCUUGCGGUCAUUGGGUUCGCGGCGGCUACAAUUCCAUCUUACAUCCACGUGUGCGGCAGAAGGAACCCGCACUUCGAUGAGUGUGUCAACAAUAGCAUGACAGCCCUAAGAGGGAAUCUACGCAAUGGAAUGCCAGAGUUGGAUAUCCCAUCGAUAGAGCCACUGAAAAUCAACGAAAUGAAAAUUAUCGACGAGCCACAGAUUAAGAUCACCGCCAAGGACAUCAAACUCAACGGACUCUGGACUUUCCAUCUAAAUUUCUUGCACCUGGACCUCGAGAAGAAGGAGUUAACUGCGGAUUUCGCGUUCGACAAAAUUACAUUGGAUGCUGACUUCCUUCUCAAGUUGAAUAUCCUGGUCCCCAUACAGAGAAAGGGAGUCAUGGUCUUGAAAUGCAAUAACGCAGGUGCGAAAAUAAAAGCGUACUACAAGUUAAUCAAGCGCGAUAAUGAACAGUACGUCCAUUUCGAAUCGAUACCCAUUAAGUUGGACAUCAAGGACUACACUGCUGAUUUCAAGACGGAAAACCUUGACAGUUCUCUGCAAAGUGCUAUCAACGAUGUGCUGGGUAAAAAUCACGACGAUGUCCUGCGUACCAUCCAGCCCCAUGUAGAGAAAGCCAUUUCUAAGUCAUGUAUAAACCUGACCAACAAGAUCUACGAUAAUUUCACAUACGAUGAACUUUUCCCGGAUCGUGCAUAGACAAUAUAUUCGAGAAUUCCUAAGUCUAUCCCUAAAGAGAGAAAAGGAACACAUUGACGUCCACAUAUGUUCGUUGAUAAUAAGGAACGAUGUGCAAGAAUGAAGUGCAUAAUAGUUUUUCAUUAAAUGGUAACGAAGUAUUGAAAAUUGGCUGACUAUUUAAAAAAAUGUUUUAAAUGCAUUUAUGUAUGAAAACUAGUGAUGUCAUGUGAAUAAAAUAA